GUCCACACUUGGGAAUAAGGAGAUCCAGAAUACUCCCUACAGGACAAUAUGCUCAUAAAACAAUUAAUACACUGAAACCAAUACGGUUUUCUUCUAUAACAUAUAAUUGGUUUACAACCCCAAACUCUGAAAGAUAUAUACCUACAUGGCAUCUAAUUCAAAACCUCUGACCUGGGCACCUGGGUGGCUCAGUCAGUUAAGCAUCUGACUCUUGAUUUCCACUCAGGUCAUGAUCUCAUGAUUGGGAGAUGGAGUCCCAUGGAUCCUGGGUCAGGGAUUGCAACGGGUGUGGACCUACUUAAGAUUCUCUCUCUCCCUCUCUUUCUGCCCUUCCCCAGCUCCACCCACGGGUACAUAUGUACUGUCUCUCAAAGACAAACAAACAAACAAACAAAACACUGCCCCAAAACAAACAAAAAACCCAACCAAAUAACAACAACAACAAACCCUGGCUUCUACAAAACAACAACAAAAGUUCUUUAACAUAUCAAAUGAAAGACUGAAAUGCAGGGGCACCUGGGUGGCUCAGUUGGGUAAGCUUCUGAGUCUUAAUUUUGGCUCAGGGCACGAUCUCACGGUUCAUGACCUGGAGCCCAGAGUUGGGUUCUGUGAGCAGAGAGCCUACUUGGGAUUCUCUCUCUCCCUCUCUCUCUGGCCCUCUCCAGCUCAUGCUUUUUCUCUCUCAAAAUAAGUAAACUCCACUUGCAAGCAAGUGAGCAGAGGGCUGUUCAGCUGCAAGAGUGGAGCAAUGCCUAAGUCAAAGGAACUUGUUUCUUCAAGCUCUUCGGGCAGUGAUUCUGAGUGUGAGGUUGACAAAAAGUUAAAGCGGAAAAGGCAGGUUACUCCAGAAAAACCUGUAAAGAAGCAAAAGACCAGUGAGACUUCAAGAGCCCUAUCAUCCUCUAAGAAGAGUAGGAGCCACAGAGAUGAUAACAUGUUUCAGACUGGGAAAAUGAGGUAUGUCAGUGGUCGAGACUUUAAAGGGAAAGUCCUAAUUGAUAUUAGAGAAUACUGGAUGGAUCCGGAAGGUGAAAUAAAACCAGGAAGAAAAGGUAUUUCUUUAAAUCCUAAGCAAUGGAGCCAGCUGAAGGAACAGAUUUCUGACACUGAUGAUGCAGUAAACUGUAAAAUCAGAGCCAUAUAAAACCUGUACUGUUCUAGUUGUUUUAAUCUGUCUUUUUACAUUGGCUUUUGUUUUCUAAAUGUUGUUUUCCAAGCUAUUGCAUAUUUGGAUUGCAGAACAAUUUGUAAGAUGAAUACUUUUUUUGUAAUGUACAUUAUUAAAAAUGUUCUGAGUGAAGCUGAUUGUCAACUUUACUAAGGAGGAUUGCUUUGUGCCCACCACCUACUGU